UAGAAGAGAUCACAGUUUGCAUCCUACAGUUGCAUUGUGAAGUUGUUUUUAUCCUCAUCAAUAUGAACAAGCUGUUUAUUGUCCUUUUGGCUGUGUGCCUUGUUAGUGCACAUGCCUUUGUAAAACGCGAUGCGCCUGCAGGAGAGAAUCAAUUGGAGAAGAUACAGAAGCAGUUGCAGGAGUUCUCCAAGAACAUUAAUAACCAAAUGGCCAGUACUUUCGACCCUGAGACCAUGAAGAGGAAUUUCAACCAGUUUGCUGAAAGCAUCAACAAAGCUAUGAGUGACAUGAACAACAAGCCUCCGGCUGCAUAGAAGAAGACUGAUUUGUGUAAUGCAAUGUAGACCUUAACCUAACUAUAGUAGAUACAAAAUCUUUUGCCAGUUAUUGUGAAGGCUGUGUGCCUAGAACUAGAAUGCUGAGUUUUGAAUAAAAUAUAUUUUUUUGUAAACUUG